ACAUGCAGCCCUUUGACUCGCAACAGCCACUCAAACAAUUAGCAGUGGCCAUUGGCCCAAAACACAGUGACCGAACAAAUGACUGCCACUCGAAUGAGAUAUAAGGACAAUGACUUACUUUCCUCUUGUUCUCUACACUACCUUUCGCUCCACGCACCCUCAACUGAAAGGCUCACGUCUAGUCUCUUGCUACUUGCCACUUGCUAAUCAUGUCUAGCCCUAUCGCCAUUCCUCCCACUUCUAGACACGUUGAUCAUGAUGCCGCCUUUCAGAGUUCACCCUACAAGGUGCCUAUGCAUAACAGUGGCAUGUCUACGCCAUCGUCAUCAAGAGCAUCUUCGCCGGCGCUGUCGUCGACGGAAUGGACCAGUGUGUCACCGAAGAGACGCAGAGCAUCUCGUCGCGCGAGGUCAACCCGUACAUCUUCAGCAUCCUUUCGUGAAGUUUCACCCAGUAUGUCGGGCUUUCACAACAUGACAAUCCAAGUAGAGACUAAUAUGACCGUUUGUGCAGAUCCUCCUAAGAAGACGACGCCUGCAACUGUAAAGCCGGAGUCCAAAGGUCCCUUUAUAUACUCCAUCCGCGAUCUUCUCGCCUUCUCGCAGUCCUUGCUGAAUCAACUGACCCUGGCCCAGUUGGAAGACGUCCGGCGAGUGAUGGAGUCAAUCGACUUCUCAUAUAGGAGACCUAUGAACACGAAUAGGACUUUUCGCAAUCAGACCCAGAGCAAUAUACAGGUUCACUAUGAGAACCGGAGUCAAGGUCAAGAUGCAUAUGAGAGUCAACAAGAGAAAGCGAGGAGGCAGGGCCAGAGAUGUUGCAGGACAGGACGUCGAGAGGGGAAGAAGCGCAAUCCAGUGUCCACUUUGGCUGUGAAUGGCCGGAGUUACAGAGGCCAAUGGAAUUGGCCGCAGGGCCCAAAGACGCCCCAAGUUCCUAGGGGCGAAGAGAUCAAAGUCGAUGUAGAUCCCAUUGCUGGCGCUACUAAGGAGAGUCGGGUGGAAAUGUCAGCCUCGACGGUGGAUAGCCAUGAGGGAGGUGAAGCCUGAAGUCGCUGUGUAAUACUUGUAUGUUACAUAGCAGUUGUGACGCCGGGUAGUCUUUGUGAUUUGAGACAAUGGAAAGGACUUCAGCCGUU